AUGAUGUGGAUUUGCACAGCGGUGGCGGCCGCUGUAAUAGCCGCUUCGAGUGUUCGGGGUGAACAAGUUAUGUUGCUUGAUACAACCACGGAGCGGACUCUAGGUUGGACGCGUUAUCCUUACGGCCCAUUAGCAAGUACACCAGGUUGGUUGGAAGAAUCUUAUAAUAAUUUUGAGAAACAAAUUUAUUGGCGAUCUUACGUUGUCUGCGACGUUGCUCAUCAUAACGUCAAUAAUUGGCUGUGGACUCCAUUUAUAGAAAGAAGAAAUGCAAAUCGUAUUUACAUUGAAAUCCAGUUUACCAUCAGAGACUGCUCACUUUUCCCAGGAAAUGCCCUGAGCUGUAAGGAAACUUUUAGCCUUCUCUAUUAUGAAUUCGAUGUUGCGACUAGGGAACAACCACCUUGGGAACCUGAAAGCUAUAAGUUAGUUGGCCGCAUAGCUGCUGGGGAGGGUAGAUUUAAUACAAAUUCAGAAGUUGAUAUAAACACUGAAGUGAAAAGCAUUGCUGUUACCAAGAGAGGUGUUUACAUAGCAUUUAGAGAUCAAGGAGCAUGCAUUUCCAUAUUAGCUGUAAAAGUUUACUACAUUACAUGUCCUGAAGUAACUAUCAACUUUGCAAAGUUUCCCGCUACCCCAACAGGCAAAGAAGUAACUGUUAUAGAACAGGCCAAUGGUACAUGUGUUGAACAUGCUGAAGUAGUGGCUGGAGAUACUGCCCCUAUAUACUUAUGCAAAGGAGAUGGCAAGUGGACCCUUCCAAGUGGAUCAUGUAAAUGUCGUGCCGGAUAUGAGCCAGAUCACAAUAAUCAAAUAUGUAAUAAAUGUUCACCCGGGAAGUUUAAAGCACAUACCGGUGAUGAAUCGUGCAUACCAUGUCCUGAUUACUCUGAAUCAACUGACUUUGCUGCAGUAGAAUGCAAAUGUGUCCCAGGAUUCUUUAGGGCAAAGAAAGAUCCAAAAAAUGUACCCUGUACUCAACCACCAUCUGCGCCAGAUAAUUUGACUGUCACUUUUGCUGAUCAAUUUUCCAUUUCCUUAGCAUGGCAACCACCUCAUGUGACAGGUGGUAGAAGUGAUGUUACCUACAAAGUGCAUUGUACAAAUUGUGCUCCUAAUAUCGAGUACAGACCUGCUUCAUCUGGGUUAAACUCAACAAGGGUUACAAUCAUGGGAUUGGAUCCAGUAACAGAAUAUAAAUUUCAAGUAUUCGCUUUAAAUGGUGUAUCUGACUUAACUGGUGAAUCACCAAAGAAGGUAGAAAUAACAGCAGUUACUGAAGCAUCUGUUGUUAGUGUAAUAACUAAACUGAGAGUAGUAAGCGUUGAAAGUGACAAGUUAUCUUUAGCUUGGAACCCACCACCCAUUGAUUUAUCUGACCCAGACGAUAGUAUAGAAAGCUAUGAAGUUAAAUGUUUCCCUAAAGAUCAUAUGGAAAAAAGUGCAAACGCCACUGUUAGGAUUACUAAAGACCCACAUGUCAUAAUAACAGGUCUGAAAAGAGACACUGAAUAUGGCAUAAGAGUUAGGGCUAAAAUGAAAAAAGGCUGGGGUGAACUGAGCGGUAUUGUUUAUGCUCGUACAGGAUCAGUACUUGAAACAUCAUUUGUAGGAGAAGAAGAAGGUGCUCAAGUCCGUUUGGUUGCUGGUGUUAUGGUAGCUGUUGUUGUACUUUCAGUUAUUGCCAUUAUUGCAACUGUUCUAUUCCUACGGUCGCGAUCCGAUGAUGAAUGUGACAAAAAGCAACCAAGUGAUUGUAAUGCAUUGAAUUAUCGUAACGGAGAGGUUUAUACUGGCCCUGACAGACCAGCAAAAACAGGAAGCAAUGCAACAACACCUUUAUUUGCAGGAACUGGUUCCAGAACAUAUAUCGAUCCUCACACUUAUGAAGAUCCUAACCAAGCAGUAAGAGAGUUCGCUCGUGAAAUUGAUGCAUCAUGUAUAACAAUUGAAGCAAUUAUUGGAGGUGGUGAAUUUGGAGAUGUCUGUAGAGGAAAAUUAAAGUUGCCGGCUAGCGGUGUGCAAGAAAUAGAUGUCGCUAUUAAAACUCUAAAACCUGGAUCAACUGAAAGAGCUAGAAGAGACUUCUUAGCUGAAGCUUCUAUAAUGGGACAAUUUGAACAUCCAAAUGUGAUAUUUUUGCAAGGUGUUGUUACGAAAUGUAAUCCGAUAAUGAUAAUAACGGAAUUCAUGGAAAAUGGUUCCUUGGAUACAUUUCUACGUGCAAAUGAUGGCAAAUUUCGUGUUUUGCAAUUAGUUGGUAUGCUGCGCGGUAUUGCUACAGGCAUGCAAUAUUUAUCAGAAAUGAAUUACAUUCAUAGAGAUCUAGCAGCCCGCAACGUCCUAGUAAAUCAACAACUUGUUUGUAAGAUAGCGGACUUCGGGUUGUCUCGUGAAAUUGAAUCGACUGCAGAUGGAGCUUACACUACGCGAGGUGGAAAAAUCCCCGUUCGUUGGACGGCCCCCGAAGCUAUAGCUUUCAGAAAGUUUACCUCAGCUAGUGACGUUUGGUCCAUGGGCAUUGUUUGUUGGGAAGUUAUGAGCUUUGGAGAGCGUCCUUACUGGAAUUGGAGCAAUCAAGAUGUCAUUAAGUCCAUAGAAAAGGGGUAUCGGCUACCAGCACCCAUGGAUUGUCCGGAGGCUGUCUAUCAGCUUAUGCUUGAUUGUUGGCAAAAGGAACGUACACAUCGCCCCACUUUUGCGAGUAUUGUGAAAACUUUAGACAAACUUAUUCGUUGUCCCGACACUUUAAGAAAGAUUGCUCAAAAUCGUUCAGCAGAUCCACUUGCAGGGGACACACCAGAUAUGAUACAAUUUUCUUCCGUGGAAGAAUGGUUGGAAUGUAUCAAAAUGUCUAGAUACAUUGAAAAAUUCAGAACAGCUGGCAUCACAGACAUGAAUGCUGUGGUGGACCUCACAGUUCAUCAACUUGCAUCCUUAGGUGUGACAUUAGUCGGCCACCAAAAGAAGAUCAUGAACAGUGUUCAAAGUAUGCGUGCUCAAAUACGCGUCAGUGGUCCUUACGGUUUUCUGGUGUAA